AUGGCUGCUCCCUUUACUCGCCUGGCGGGCAGCGCGCCCAAAAGGCUCUGUCUCCGCCCCUCCAACUUCACCAACACGACCAUCCCCAGAUCCCGUUCGAUAACGACAUCUCUCCCUCGCCGACAUGCAGAGACCACCAGCUACCAGGCGACCCGAUUGAUCCCCACGGACCCGACCUUCACAUCGCUGGCCAACAAGGGCAUUGCAGGCGAACCCGAGGUUCCCGCCGGUCUCGAGUCCGAGGAUGAAGGGGUCGGCCGCAAGAUCCGCCAUUACACCGUCAACUUCGGUCCCCAGCACCCUGCUGCUCACGGUGUGCUUCGUCUGAUUCUGGAAUUGAACGGUGAAGAGAUCGUUCGCUCGGAUCCCCACGUCGGUCUGCUGCACCGUGGUACCGAGAAGUUGAUCGAAUACAAGACCUACAUGCAGGCUCUGCCUUACUUCGACCGAUUGGACUACGUCUCCAUGAUGACGAACGAGCAGUGCUUCGCGCUGGCUGUCGAGAAGCUGCUUAACGUUGAGAUCCCCGAGAGAGCCAAGUGGAUCCGGACGAUGUUCGGCGAGAUCACCCGUAUCCUGAACCACCUGAUGUCCGUCCUCUCCCACGCCAUGGAUGUUGGUGCUCUGACGCCAUUCCUGUGGGGUUUCGAGGAGCGUGAGAAGCUCAUGGAAUUCUACGAGCGUGUCUCCGGUGCCCGUCUCCACGCCGCCUACGUCCGCCCCGGUGGUGUUUCCCAGGAUCUUCCCAUUGGUCUCCUUGACGAUAUCUACCAAUGGGCCACCCAAUUCGGUGACCGUAUUGACGAGACUGAGGAGCUGCUCACUGACAACCGUAUCUGGAAGGCCAGAACCCAGGGUGUCGGUGUUGUCCCUGCCGCUGAUGCUCUGAACAUGAGUUUCACCGGUGUCAUGCUGCGUGGUUCCGGUGUCCCCUGGGAUAUCCGUAAGUCCCAGCCCUACGAUGCGUAUGACCAGGUCGAGUUCGACGUCCCCGUCGGUGUCAACGGUGACUGCUACGACCGCUACCUCUGCCGUAUGGAGGAGUUCCGUCAGUCCCUGCGCAUCAUCCACCAGUGCCUGAACAAGAUGCCCGCCGGCCCCGUCCGUGUCGAGGACUACAAGAUCUCGCCUCCUCCCCGUGCCGCCAUGAAGGAGAACAUGGAAGCUCUUAUUCACCACUUCCUGCUCUUCACCAAGGGUUACUCCGUUCCCCCCGGUGAGACCUACUCGGCCAUCGAGGCCCCUAAGGGUGAGAUGGCCGUGUUCCUGGUCAGUGAUGGCAGCGAGCGCCCCUACCGCUGCAAGAUCCGUGCUCCUGGAUUUGCUCACUUGGGUGGUUUCGACCAAGUGUCCCGUGGUCACCUUCUGGCCGACGCUGUCGCUAUCAUCGGUACAAUGGAUCUGGUGUUCGGUGAAGUUGACCGGUAA